CGAUAGAUGUUCACCAAAUCCUUGUACAAAUGGCACCUGCCAGGACGUUACCGAUUCCUUUCAAUGUGUAUGUGAAAUCGGAUAUAAACUAGCAAAUGAUAAAAUUACAUGUAACCCCUGCGAUAUAUAUACCUAUGGUUACAACUGCAACAUGACUUGCGAUUGUGUCAAAGGAAGUUGUGAUCCAGUGAAGGGGUGUAUAUGCAAAGUCGGUUAUACAGGCGUUAAAUGUGACACCAGAAGAGAUUUUUGUGCUGAAAAUAUUGGCAGCUGUGACAACAAAACUUCGGAAUGUGUUAACGGGGAGCAAAAUUAUACAUGUGUCUGCAAAGAUGGUUAUUUCAAGACUGAAUCUGGAAGUUGUCAAAUUUGUCCUGAGAUGAAGUACGGGAAAGAUUGCUCUUUGACAUGUGCUUGCAGAGAAUCAUGCGACCGUAUCAGUGGAAACUGCGCAGGUAUGAUUCGAAUUGACUCUUCCACCAAAUAA